AUGAGCGCAAAAACUGGUGCUCCCUCUAGAGCUUAUGAUAUGAUUAUGAAAUUGUUGUUGGUGGGUGAUUCCGGUGUUGGUAAAUCAUGUAUAUUAUUACGAUUUGUUGAGGAUAAGUUCAAUCCUUCCUUUAUUACAACCAUUGGUAUCGAUUUCAAAAUUAGAACAAUUGAAAGCAAAGGCAAGAGAAUCAAAUUGCAAGUUUGGGAUACUGCCGGUCAAGAAAGAUUUAGAACCAUCACCACUGCCUACUAUCGUGGUGCCAUGGGUAUUAUUAUCAUAUAUGAUGUCACCGAUUCCAGAUCUUUUGAAAAUGUCGAAAACUGGUACCAAACUGUGACCCAACAUGCAAACGAAGACGCCCAGAUCUUUUUAGUUGGUAACAAGUGUGAUGACGAAGUUAAUAGACAAGUUAGCAGAGAGCAAGGCCAAGAAUUGGCUGCAAGAUUGAACAUUCCUUUCUUGGAAUCCUCCGCAAAGACCAAUGAAAACGUCGAUUCUAUUUUCUUGGAAUUGGCCGGAAUAAUUCAAGAUAAACAUAUUGAUGAUAACGUCGGUAAUACUGGUUCUGGUUCUAAUGGAAUAGAUGUAUCACAAGGUAAUACUGGUUUCAAGAGCAACUGUUGUUAA